CGCAUCACCAAACAUUUUCCAAUGUGUUCACACAACGCUGCCUCCUCUUUUGGAAUCUUGACCAUUACAACUAUAAUCAAUCUGAGGCGUGUUUAGUAUGGGAAGUAGACAACAAUGGCUUACGAGACUGAAGAAUGAACUUAGCAACAGUCCUCUUGUUUCAAAUGUGGCCUUUGGCUUCAUACUUAUGGGACUAGAAAAGUUGGUGGAGUUGGAGUUUCAGUGUCCUUGCGAUCCCCAAUGGAAUGGACUGUUCUCGUCCGCUUUCUUUGUCAUUCCAGCAGUCAUGGCCUUCACGUUGAUGCUGAUUAUUCAAGGAUGCAGAUGUGACACUUGGUGUAAGAAGACUAUAUCCCUCUCCAGCAUUGUCCCGGCGAUAGUGUGGCUGAUAUUGCUUUUCCUCGACGGGCAGUACUUUGCCUGCGCAAUGACGGACUGGAAGGGUAGGUUUGUCAUCGUUGACAAAGCUGCACCGCAAAAAUGGUGCGAACCCACGAAUGGGAACGGGGAAGAAGACGUCACGGCACAAGACCUGAUGCUUCGGUCGCAACAGUUAUUUGUUGCAUCUCAGGUCAUAGGCAUAGCUCUUCUCAUUUUCAUCUGUGUGGGACUUGUGGUAUAUGUGAUCAGAGAGAGUUGCCAACAGGAGAUGGACAGCCAAGAUACCGGUGUAGCGGAGAUGACGAUGUGCAGUUUGAGGACGCGAACGUCAUGAAUGUGGACAUUGAAGCCACCAUUGCACACCUCCCUUGGACCUGAACAGUGGGAGUUGGACUUGGUGAAACACCAUCCGUGUAAAUACGUUAUGUUUCGUGAUGGAAUAUUUUUGUGGAUUUUAUGACCUCGUAAUCUCUGACAGAGUUGUCUGCAGGGCAUUUUGAUAUUUUUAUAGUGUGAUGUUCUUACUUUUCGCAGCUAAAAGUAUUUUUCUUAUCUGGGUGAAUGUGUUACGUGUUUGUUUAAAUCAGUUUAAAUCUCUGGCUCGUGUUUUGAACCAAUACAGACCAGCUUAUUUCCGUACAGCAUGGAACGUUCUCAAACAUUUUACUCAAAUUCACGCGCUCGAUCAGUGCGCUCUCGAAUCGUCACGACACCCGUCUCAAAUCCAUUUGUGUACAGAGUUUCCU